AUGGAUUAUUAUGAGAAUGGUAGUUUGCAUGAUUAUUUCAUUAGAAAGAAUAACAAACCUCCUUCUGCUAACAUGAUCAAGUCAAUCAUGACACAAGUACUUGAUGCUCUCAUGUACAUGAAACAAAAUUUUAAUAUGGUCCACAGAGAUAUCAAACCAGGAAAUAUUUUGGUUAGGAGAAUUGAAAAUGAUAGUAUUGAUAUUUGUUUGGCAGAUUUUGGAAUGGCAAAGAAUACUCCUGGUUUAUCUGAGAAUUCUUCAUUGUCACGUGCUAAGGGAACUGAGGGAUUUAUUGCACCUGAAAUAUAUAGGCCAAUAUCUGAGCAACGUUACUCAUUGGCAUCUGACAUUUUCGCUUUAGGUGCAACCUUAUUUAAACUCAUGACUCGAAUUUCACUAAAUGAGUUUCCUUAUUUUCAAUGGAGUCUGGAUGAACCAACAAAAAGAAAUCAUUCAUCAAAACUAGAAGAAAUGAUUUACAAAAUGUUAAAAAUCAACACCUCUACUCCACAUGAAUUAAUCCAAAACAUUUCGAAAAUGUUCAUUACAGAUACAAAACUCGAUUUUAAUUGUGAAAUACUUUAA